CACCAAAAAAAAAAAAAACCCAAAGACGAUGAUCGUUAUCAACACCACUCACUGGAAACAAAGCCUUUAAUUUUCCAUCUCUUUCUGGAGUAAAUAAUUUUGAAUCUGUUGUUCCGAUGGAUCCAGAACAGACGUUCAUUCGCGUUCAAGAGAGAUUCUCGCAGAUGCUAACUCCCAAAGUGAGAGUGACUUUGGAGUAUUUAUAUCUUUUCAUAGCCAUCACUUUCUUCUGUAUUCUCGUUGUUAUGCACGCCAAUUACGUUCAACAGCCUGGGUGUUCAGGUGAGCUAUCCGAAGUUCUGACAUUAGAAGCGCAACUUAUUCAGAUUAAGAUAACCAGUGCCGGUUUGUGGUCACAAAAUGAUUCUGAGUCGAACAUAAUAGAUCUUCCUGAAAUAGAAGCUGUAAAAGAUAGCACAGAGGUUUCUGAAGUCAAUCAAGAUGAAUCGACACUUUUGGGUUCCAAUUUUUUGUGGAACUGGAUUGGUUCAGGUGCUAGGAAAGGAAAUUUGGCAUUCAAGUUUUGGAAGACUGACAGUGAAUUUCUUGAACAUCAAGCUGAGACCUCUACAAGCAACCAAAAUCCCAGGCCAGUGGUUGAAGAUGCCGCCAUCAAAACUGAUAAAGAGGAGCCACGGAGUAGUUUUACCUUAUCAGCCAAAGAGACACUAAAGGCGGCCAUUAUACAUUUUGGUAAAAAGUGGUAUAGGCGAAUCUCAUUCAUUUGGAGACACACAAAGCAGAUAAUUGGAAGUUUCCAGAAGCUGUGGGAUAUUACUGGUGUACACCUCAAUCUUGAUAUUCCCAAAUGGAUGCGUAUCCUUCAUUUGGACAAGGUUAACUCUAAUGCAGUGCAAUGGCUUAAAAAGAAAACCAAGUUGUCUGAACCCACAUAUUUAUACACCAUGGAAAAGGGGUAUUUCUUGUUACCUGAAAGUGCCAAGGCUCAACAUAAUAUACGUACUGUGAAUGUAAGCAUAUCAGCCUGGCACUCCUGCUUUGGAAACAGGUGGCAACAACUACUCAUAAACAGAUUUGUAGGAUAUGAUACAAUUUUAAUCAACAGUUUAUUAAGUUCUCCAGGUCAAGGUUAUCUUUAUAAUUAUCAAUCAAAGGAAUUCUUUAACCUUAGCUUUGCACUAGAAAUUCCUGAAGUCCCAGAUAAGUUUGGAGACUACCUUGUAACGAAGUGUGGUGUGCUUAUGAUGUCCUUAUUUGUUUUCUUUACUACCACAAUGUCCGUGUCAUUUACAUUGAGAGAAACACAGACUCGCAUGCUGAAGUUUACAGUGCAGCUUCAACACCAUGCUCGACAUCACCUUCCUACAUUUCAGUUGAUCUUUGUACAUGUCAUUGAAUCACUGGUCUUUGUUCCUAUUAUGAUCGGUAUUCUGUUUUUCCUUUUUGAGUUUUAUGAUGAUCAGCUUCUUGCUUUUAUGGUCUUGAUUCUUGUUUGGUUGUGUGAGCUUUUUACUCUUAUUAGUGUCCGAACACCAAUAUCAAUGAAGUUCUUCCCUCGCUUCUUUCUGCUGUAUUUUCUGGUCUUUCACAUAUAUUUCUUCUCUUAUGCUUAUGGGUUUUCAUAUUUGGCACUCUCUACAACUGCAGCUUUUAUGCAACACCUUAUCCUCUAUUUUUGGAAUCGGUUUGAGGUACCAGCAUUGCAAAGGUUUGUGCAAAAUCGACGCUCACAACUUCAACAACACCCUGAUUUCCACAUUACCUCAUCUACUAUUCUUGCAUCAACGCUACACAUCACAAGAUUGAACACAAGGAACCAGGGAGUAAGUGCCACAAAUUUGCCUUCUGGGACCGGGUUCAGACCUGGUUUUGAUCAAUCAAUGCCUCAGAAUGGACCAGGAGUUACUGAGCCUCAAGGGCAACCAGAAACUAACCCUGCACAUAUUCCCGGGCAAGCUGAAAGAGGCCCCAACCCCGGAUCCAUGAAUUUUAGUUCUAUGCUAUUAUGGAUUCUAGGAGGUGCUUCAUCUGAGGGCCUCAGCUCGUUUCUUUCCAUGUUCAGAGAUGCGAGGGACCAAGGACAAGUUUAUACCGAAGCUCCUAGGCAAGAUAACAGUGAGAAUCAGCAGAGCGACAGACAAUGAUGAAAAAUUUCGAUUGAAUGGAGAACCUUUUAAUUCAGGAAUCAUGUAUAUUCGUUUUUGGUUUUAUACUUGAUAAUCUAUAGGUGGCGCGACUACUUUCUCGUUGUUCCGAAUGAAAAUAAAACCGAAAUCAUGUAUAUUCUUUAGUUUUUGCUUUAUACAUGCUGAAAUUCAUUAUUCA